GUGAAACUUCUCCUUGAAGCCAUGAAGUACUCAGGUUGUGCUGUUAAGAAAGAAAGACACUUUUCUUGUGAAGAUUGUAAUGGAAAUGUCAGUGGAGGUUUGAUUCUUCAACAUCUCAGAUUGUUUUAUGCCAAAAUAACAUCCGUAACCAGGCUUAUAUGAACAGGGUGGUCACCCAAGAGCUCAUUCAUGCCUUUGAUCACUGUCGGGCUCAUGUCCACUGGUUCACCAAUGUAAGACAUCUGGCCAGCUCAGAGAUUCGUGCUUCAAACCUUAGUGGAGACUGUUCACUUCUAAAUGAAAUACUCAGGUUUCGUUUUGGAUUAAAACAACAUCAUCAGACUUGUGUGCGAGACCGAGCCAUACUUUCUAUUUUGGCUGUUAGGAAUAUCAACAAAAAGGAAGCCCAGAAGGCUGUUGAUGAUGUUUUUGAAUCUUGCUUCAAUGACCUUGAACCUUUUGGAAGGAUCCCACAUGCUAAAACUUAUGCAAGAUAUGCUCACAGAGACUUUCAAGACCGCCACCUAUAUUACUCAAAUAUAUGA